AUGACGGUGUGGAAGUCGUCGUUCGACAUGUUUUCCCUAUUCAUUCUUCUGUUAUUCUUACCGGAUUCCCUCGAUACACAUCCAUUACAAAACGAUUUUUUGGAUUCUUCAACACGGAGGUAG